AGUGCGUAAACCAUUUUAGCUUUACGGUAAACUGGACAGAGCGUUCGAGAAAACAGCAUCAACGGAAUAUUUUAUGCGAUUUAAGCUGACGGUAUCUGAAGAUGAUCGAGGUGGUCUGCAACGAUCGUCUGGGCAAGAAAGUCCGGGUCAAGUGCAACUCUGAGGAUACUAUUGGAGAUCUGAAGAAGCUCAUUGCUGCCCAGACAGGAACACGACACGAGAAGAUUGUUUUAAAGAAAUGGUAUACCAUAUUCAAAGAUCACGUGUCUCUGGGUGACUAUGAAAUCCAUGAUGGGAUGAACCUGGAACUGUACUACCAGUAGAGCAGAGAUGGACCACGGGACAACAUACACACGGAUAAAUUGAUGGGAUUUGUUGCAGACCAAAUCACAAUGCUUUGAGGAAAUGAUUGAAAUGGAAAAGGAGCAGAAACACACACACACACACACGUUCGACAUUCAUGACUUGAGGGGACAUUGCAUUGACUUACAUUCAUUUCCUGGAGACUUACUCUAACCUUAACCACAAUUAUUACUGGCCUAAUCCUAACCCUCACCUCACCUUACCCUAACCUCAACCUAACCUUAAAAUGUAGUAAUUUACAUUAUGGGGACUUGCUUUCUGUCCCCACAAAGAAGACAAGUCCCCAUAAUGUGACUGCGUAAACAGGUUUAGGUCCCCACAACAUUAAUAAUACCUGGACACACACAUACAUACACACACACGUCAUUGCUGGUUUAGCUGUUAAUUUUUGCCCACAGAUUAUUCUAUUGAAGAUAUAUUGUUCUGCUAUUAUUUUUGUUUUGAUAUUUUUGGAAGUAAAGCUGAUGUUUACCCACCUUAAA